AUGCUUCCUCAUGAACGGACAGGAACCCCUGGUGUAGGAAAGACCACUCUAGGCAAAGAGCUGGCUCAGAGAACAGGACUAAACUAUGUGAAUGUUGGUGAUUUGGCACAGGAGUGUCAGUUGUUCGAAGGAUUUGAUGAAGAAUACCAGUGCCCUAUAUUGGAUGAGGACAGGGUUGUGGAUGAGCUGGAGGACAGAAUGGGAGAUGGAGGCGUGAUUAUUGAUUACCAUGGCUGUGAUUUCUUUCCUGAACGCUGGUUUGACAUUGUUUUUGUCCUCCGCACAGACAACACCAAUCUCUACAAUCGUCUUGAAAGCAGAGGAUACACAGGAAAGAAGCUCCAGGACAAUGUGCAGUGUGAGAUUUUCCAGACUAUCUAUGAGGAAGCCAUGGAAGCCUACAAGGACGAGAUAGUCCACCAGCUCCCCAGUAACACUCCUGAGGACCUGGAGAGGAAUCUGGAGCAAAUUGUUCAGUGGAGUGAACAAUGGAUGAAAGACAACAAUUGACAUGAGACAUUAUAUGUGAAAGGCUCAAACACUUUUUGAGUUCAUGUCAAAGUAGACAGACAUCACAUUUCAUAGUUAUUGUUCCCUUGCUUCCAAAAUGAAUGAAUACAGUAUUUAAAAGAG